AACGACUCCUCUGAGGCCCAGGAUUCCUUUGCAACGAGAUUCCUGGCUUCCUGGUUUCCAAAGGAGGCUCCUGGGCCAGGUGGAAUUUAACCUUAGGUCGAUACAUAUUUUCCCCAGGAGUGGUGAAAAUAGUGAGUUAGAAAUCAAGAAAUCCCUACAGACUAGAGACAUAGGUAGGAAACUUGGACCCAAAGCAGGUACUUGGGAAGAGUGUUCAGCCGCCCCACCGGGGAAGAAACUUGUCUAGCCCCCAAGAACCAAACUUGCCUGGGGCGGGAUCAUUUGCGGGGAGGAGCGCUGGGCUCGCCCCCCGGCUCUGACGUUGACCAAUAGAAAGGCCUGGGGGCGGAGCCAGGGAAACGCGGGAAGCAGGGGCGGGGCCUCUGGUGGCGGUCGGGAACUCGGUGGGAGGCGGCAACAUUGUUUCAAGUUGGCCAAAUUGACAAGAGCGAGAGGUAUACUGCGUUCCAUCCCGACCCGGGGCCACGGUACUGGGCCCUGUUUCCCCCUCCUCGGCCCCCGAGAGCCAGGGUCCGCCUUCUGCAGGGUUCCCAGGCCCCCGCUCCAGGGCCGGGCUGACCCGACUCGCUGGCGCUUCAUGGAGAACUUCCAAAAGGUGGAAAAGAUCGGAGAGGGCACGUACGGAGUUGUGUACAAAGCCAGAAACAAGUUGACGGGAGAAGUGGUGGCGCUUAAGAAAAUCCGCCUGGACACUGAGACUGAGGGUGUGCCCAGUACUGCCAUCCGAGAGAUCUCUCUGCUUAAGGAGCUUAACCAUCCUAAUAUUGUCAAGCUGCUGGAUGUCAUUCACACAGAAAAUAAACUCUACCUGGUUUUUGAAUUUCUGCACCAAGAUCUCAAGAAAUUCAUGGAUGCCUCUGCUCUCACUGGCAUUCCUCUUCCCCUUAUCAAGAGCUAUCUGUUCCAGCUGCUCCAGGGCCUAGCUUUCUGCCAUUCUCAUCGGGUCCUCCACCGAGACCUUAAACCUCAGAAUCUGCUUAUUAACACAGAGGGGGCCAUCAAGCUAGCAGACUUUGGACUAGCCAGAGCUUUUGGAGUCCCUGUUCGUACUUACACCCAUGAGGUGGUGACCCUGUGGUACCGAGCUCCUGAAAUCCUCCUGGGCUGCAAAUAUUACUCCACAGCUGUGGACAUCUGGAGCCUGGGCUGCAUCUUUGCUGAGAUGGUGACUCGCCGGGCCCUAUUCCCUGGAGAUUCUGAGAUUGACCAGCUCUUCCGGAUCUUUCGGACUCUGGGGACCCCAGAUGAGGUGGUGUGGCCAGGAGUUACUUCUAUGCCUGAUUACAAGCCAAGUUUCCCCAAGUGGGCCCGGCAAGAUUUUAGUAAAGUUGUACCUCCCCUGGAUGAAGAUGGACGGAGCUUGUUAUCGCAAAUGCUGCACUACGACCCUAACAAGCGGAUUUCUGCCAAGGCAGCCCUGGCUCACCCUUUCUUCCAGGAUGUGACCAAGCCAGUACCCCAUCUUCGACUCUGAUAGCCUUCUUGAAGCCCCCAGCCCUAAUCUCACCCUGUCCUCCAGUAUGGGCUUGACCAGGCUUGGCCUUGGGCUAUUUGGACUCAGGUGGGCCCUCUGAUCUUGCCUUAAACACUCACCUUCUAGUCUUGGCCAGCCAACUCUGGGAAUACAGGGGUGAAAGGGGGGAACCAGUGAAAAUGAAAGGAAGUUUCAGUAUUAGAUGCACUUAAGUUAGCCUCCACCACCCUUUCCCCCUUCUCUUAGUUAUUGCUGAAGAGGGUUGGUAUAAAAAUAAUUUUAAAAAAGCCUUCCUACACGUUAGAUUUGCUGUACCAAUCUCUGAAUGCCCCAUAAUUAUUAUUUCCAGUGUUUGGGAUGACCAGGAUCCCAAGCCUCCUGCUGCCACAAUGUUUAUAAAGGCCAAAUGAUAGCAGGGGCUAAGUUGGAGCUUUUGAGAACCAAGUAAAACAAAACCACUGGGAGGAGUCUAUUUUAAAGAAUUCGGUUGAAAAAAUAGAUACAAUCAGUUUAUACCCUAGUUAGUGUUUUGCCUCACCUAAUAGGCUGGGAGACUGAAGACUCAGCCCGGGUGGGGCUGCAGAAAAAUGAUUGGCCCCAGUCCCCUUGUUUGUCCCUUCUACAGGCAUGAGGAAUCUGGGAGGCCCUGGGACAGGGAUUGUGCUUCAUUCCAAUCUAUUGCUUCACCAUGGCCUUAUGAGGCAGGUGAGAGAUGUUUGAAUUUUUCUCUUCCUUUUAGUAUUCUUAGUUCUUCAGUUGCCAAGGAUCCCUGAUCCCAUUUUCCUCUGAAGUCCACCUCCUACCCCAUAGGAGUUAGAAGUUAGGGUUUAGGCAUCAUUUUGAGAAUGCUGACACUUUUUCAGGGCUGUGAUUGAGUGAGGGCAUGGGUAAAAAUAUUUCUUUAAAAGAAGGAUGAACAAUUAUAUUUAUAUUUCAGGUUAUAUCCAAUAGUAGAGUUGGCUUUUUUUUUUUUUUUUUUUUGGUCAUAGUGGGUGGAUUUGUUGCCAUGUGCACCUUGGGGUUUUGUAAUGACAGUGCUAAAAAAAAAAAGCAUUUUUUUUUUCGUUUAUGAUUUGUCUCUGUCACCCUUGUCCUUGAGUGCUCUUGCUAUUAACGUUAUUUGUAAUUUAGUUUGUAGCUCAUUAAAAAAAUGUGCCUAGUUUUAUAGUUCA